UCCGCCCAUUGGUCCGACGUACCUCGAGGUACCAACACGAAUCGCGGGGUCGCAAGCACGACCCAACGAGAGUCCGCAAGUCGGUGCGUGCCAGUCCGUGCGUGUGCUUUACCUAAUAAUAUUUCCACGGCCAGGAGUGCCCGCUAGUGCCCGCUUUUGCCCGCUUUUCUCUCGUCUCCUCGUCUCUUCGUCUCUUCGUCGAUUUUAGCCCUCUCGCUCGCCCUUAACUUCGCCUCGCUCCUCGUCGCUUCAACUCUCUCUCUCUCUCUCUCUCUCUCUCUCUCUUCUCGCUCUCUCUCUCUCUUUUUCUCUCCUACCACGGCUACUCUCGAGAGCCAAGAAAGCAGAAGAAUCACGCUGCAGAGCAGCACGUGUGCUGCGCUCGUGCGGAUCGUACAAGCCACCCCCGGCUUACAGUUGCUCGAAACAAUCUCCCGGGCAGCGUAAAAUUGUUGCGAGCAAUUACCCGAUCGGCGUUCCCAAAACCGCACGAUUUGCCGCGACGAAACUAGUUCUGUUCGCUAGUUAUUCCAUCAUCGGUGACGAAAGAAAGUGUGCUCGUCGGCCGCAUCCCCGCGAAGCCUCGACCGACCCCGCGCGAACAAUUCGUCGCGAACGAUCGAGCUCGCGAAAUCGGUUUCUACGGUAAAUGACAUUGACCUGCGUCGUUGACCUCGCUCACGACCGUCGCGCGUCGUUCGCCGGAGUUUAGUGCUUGGACACGCGAGUGACUGGUUCUCCGAUCGAGUACCUUCGGCGUCUCGUCCCGUCGAUUCGUGAAAACUGUGAACAAAGUACGCGGUGUGAUCGGCGGUACCACGUUGUUCAGGGAUUCCACCUCGUGCUGGUUCAUCAGCAAAGCCGAUCCCGAGGGCAGCGUCGGCCGACGGCAGCUUUUGUGACCGGAAGUGCCUAAAAGCCCGAAGAUUCUGCCUUCGCAGCAGCUUGGCGCUGCGGUCGCUCCAUGGCCGGGCGCCACCGGCCUCCUAGCCUCUGUCACCGCUGACGAUAUGGCACACAAAGGUCACAGUGGGGUGAACCAGCUGGGGGGUGUCUUCGUCGGCGGUCGACCGCUUCCGGACUCGACCAGGCAAAAGAUCGUCGAACUCGCGCAUUCCGGCGCACGACCUUGCGACAUCUCUAGGAUCCUGCAGGUCAGCAAUGGCUGCGUCUCGAAGAUUCUUGGAAGCAGGUACUACGAGACCGGAUCCAUCAGGCCCAGAGCGAUCGGUGGUAGCAAACCGCGCGUGGCAACGGCGGAAGUCGUAAGCAAGAUUUCCCUCUACAAGAGCGAGUGUCCAUCCAUCUUCGCGUGGGAGAUUAGAGAUCGUUUGCUUCAGGAGGGUGUCUGCACCAACGACAACAUUCCCAGCGUGUCGUCCAUCAACAGAGUGCUGCGAAACUUGGCGGCGCAAAAAGAGCAGCGGCAGCAACAGCAACAACAGCAACAGGGAGUGUCGGCCGUUGGCGUCGGCGUGGGUGCUGGGAGUCCGGCCGAGAGCGUCUACGACAAGCUGAGGCUACUGAACGGGCAGGCCACGGGCUGGCCGAGGCCGAAUCCGUGGUAUCCGUCGGGAGCAGGCAGCCCGUUUCCGUCUCUGCAGCCCAGCCUGAGUCCGAGCCACUGUACGACCCUGCCGCCGGAUCCCGCGGACAUUUUGCACGCGAAAAAAGUGGCCGAGCUGGAGGGUGGCGCGCACUCGGAUGAAACGAACAGCGGGGGUGACAACAGCAACGCUGGGAGCGUGUCGGGCGGCACGGACGACGAUCAGGCGCGUCUGCGUUUGAAAAGGAAGCUUCAAAGAAAUCGCACGAGCUUCAGUAACGAGCAGAUCGACGCUCUCGAGAAGGAGUUCGAGAGGACGCACUAUCCGGAUGUGUUCGCCAGGGAGCGACUGGCCGGAAAGAUCGGCCUACCGGAGGCGCGAAUACAGGUCUGGUUUUCGAAUCGGCGGGCGAAGUGGCGGCGCGAAGAGAAAUUGCGCACGCAACGGAGGGACAACCCGCAGCACCAACAGCAACCGCAACCGCAACAACAACAGCAACAGCAGCAGCAGCAACAACAACAACAACAGCAACAACCGUCGCAGCAGCAACAGCAGCACAGCGGCGGGGUAAGCUUGGUCGGUACCGGACACCCCACGCCGCCGCCGACCUCGGGUAUAUUGGGUGGCCAGCCGCCCCCGCAAGCACCGCCCUCUCCGCCUAGGAUACAUCAUGGUUUCGCACCCACCGCCGUUUACCCCGGAAUACCCAGCAUGCCUGAUUCGUACAGUCCGAUGACGUCGAUGCCGAGCUUCGCGAUGUCCGGCGGCAGCCAACAGAACCAGCACACGACCAGCAUGUCGUCUCUGUCGACCGGAAGCGGAAUGGGCCCGAUGGGCAUGACCGUCGGCAUGACGGUGGGCCCGAGCCCCGGCGCCUGCCUCCAGCAGCGGGACAACGGCUACUCCUGCGGAGUAGCUCGGCCCGCUAGCUACGAGCCUCUUCAUCUCGGAUACGGUGCGAGACCCACUUGCAGCCCGACUCAGCCUUACCAUACGGCGGGCCUGAACCAGUACAAUCAGAACACCAGCUCGACCGGUCUGAUAUCGCCAGGCGUCAGUGUGCCGAUCGCAGUGCCGGGUCAACCAGCACCGGACAUGGCGGCUCAAUACUGGUCACCGAGGCUGCAGUGACCGUGGUGGUCAUCGGUGUCGACAUCCUCUCCGUAGACUCGAGCUUCUUUGACUUACGUUAGCUUACAAAACGUUAGAUACAAGAGAACACGAGGAGAUGACGUUCGAAAUCGAUGAAAGGCAGUUCUUGCGGACGUUCAAAACGAUUCUACCGUCACCGAUGGCCGUCGUUUGCCUUUGAAUCGAGCGGCGAUGUCCGAUCGCAGAUGUCACGAAGCGACACCGCGCGUGAAAAUAAGCCUGCAUUCGUAAAAGAUCGUUUCUUCCGUGCACGACGAAUGGUAUUUCCCGUGUCGCCGGGCGUGUACGAGCGUGUUACGCUGCGUUGCGAAGCCUCGUUCGACGAAUUGCUUUCGAGCCUAUUUUUCCUCAUGAUUUCCAACAUGGUCACCGGCGAGAACCUCGAAUCGAGCUUAAAACACGGUCCGACGAGAACCUGUCGAGAUUCGCUGACCGUGCUCUUGCAAGACGAUUCGUACACGCCUAAGAGAAUCGAACGCUUUAACCGUGAACAGAUUCGCAGACAAAUUAACGCAAUUAUCUCUAGAAGACAUUGUUGUCGUAGGCUCGUUACGGACAGAGAAAAAGCAGGAGAGAGAGAGAGAGAGAGAGAGAGAGAGAGAGAAUGAGAGAGUGUGAGAGUGGAAAGGAGAGAAAAAGAGCGAGGGAUCGACACUGAAAGAAUUCGAGGAACCCACAGCUAUACCUUAGUGACAGGCAUCGGUAAUUAUUGCUUAAAAAUCUCCAUUAAAUUUUUAGUUACGGUCGCAAUUUCCUCGAAUAGAGCGAUUUCAAGGCGGAACAGUUCUCAGGACACGGUCUCAAUUUUUCUCAAAGAUAUUUCUUCUACGGUCCGGCGAUGGAACUCGCGAGAGAAUCGUUUCAGCGAUGCGCAAAUAUGGCGGCUGAUCGGCAGCUUCGUUUCCCGCGGCGAUCCAUGACGACGCCGCGGGAUUUCUAUGCAAUAGAGGUACUUAACGAGAUUCUUUUUAAUAUGUUCUUAGCAGAAUUUUUGUGUACUCGUGUUAACAGGCGCGACGAGAUCAUUUCGAUUCGAUGAUAAUUAAAGUAACGUAGGCAGCAGAAGAUAUCGACACCUUGCGAACUAUCGGAGAAGAAUCGAAGAGGUUCGAGAAGCUCUCGAGCCAUCUCUGUGCGUCACGAAUGUCCGAUUGUAAAACGAUUCCGCGUGAACAGCGAGACGACGCGAUCGUGGUUGUGGUAUCGGAUUCGCGAAAAUUGAAUGUAAUUCAUCGCGCGAACAUGUUCUUGUACAAAGAGAUUGUAACGAACGACGGUGAAGAGAGCUUGAAAGUCGUCGAAAAGCGACGCUUUCAUUUUACGAUAUUUCUUUGAACUCGAGUUGAAUGAAAUUCGUAUUCGGGGCGAAGACGAAACAAAACAACAACAACAAAAAAACAAAAAACAAAAUGUGUUCGAAGACAAGAGGAACGACGAAGAAAAUUCGUGACGAUAGGCGAUUUCGCUUCUGGAGAUCGCACAACUCGAUUAAGCGGAAUAAUUCGAAGGUGCGCGACGAAACCGAACGGAUGGUAUCAACAGCGGGGGGGUAAUUAGCAAUGGCGUCUGGCAGAGUUUUUAACCGCAGUUCGUAGAUGUAACCUCUAGGCCAAUAAAAAGAACGUAAAAAUAGUUUUUAAGUCGGUAUUAUUUAUAUUCGUGUAAGAGGAGAAGAAGCGAGGCAAGCGUAAUGGACGUUUAUUGUGUGUAAAUCGUAAUGAUAUCGACAUUUAUAUAUAGUUGAUUCUAAUCCCAAGUAUCCGAUAAAAGCAAACUCGACUUCAUCGUUUGUAUCCGGUGCAAGAUGAUCGAUCCAUCGGCGAAAAGACGCGACCGACACCAGGUAUGUUAACCGUACGAUUAUGCAUUCGAAAUAAAUAGUGUGUGCAUUUAAGUAAAA